ACAUGAUUCCAGCUUAGCAUGCAAUGCAGAGACGCUUCUUCUCUCAAUGCAGGCGCUUCAAUCAUGAAAAUCCUCUGGGACUGCCGCGCUCAGGCGCACCUCCCCAGCUGCCUCGAAUGCAGCGUGGAUUGCCGCAGAAACGAAGCAUUCCAGGCGUAGCUAAGAUCGUGGCAGUCUCAUCUGCGAAAGGUGGUGUUGGAAAGUCGACCAUCUCAGCGAAUUUGGCCCUGGCUUUCGCGCGCAGUGGGCUCCGAGCUGGAUUACUCGAUACAGAUAUCUUUGGCCCGUCAGUACCGACUUUAUUCGGUCUUUCGGGGGAGCCGAGACUGUCAGAAAAAAACCAACUGAUUCCGCUAUCGAGAUAUGGCAUCAAAACCAUGUCCAUGGGCUACCUUGUUGCUGAAUCUGCCCCGGUAGUAUGGAGAGGAUUGAUGGUGAUGAAGGCUCUGCAACAACUGCUGCACGAAGUCGAGUGGAGCGGGCUGGAUGUGCUUGUUUUAGAUCUACCUCCCGGCACGGGUGACGUCCAGCUCACUAUUACGCAGCAGCUUGUUCUCGACGGUGCUGUAAUUGUAUCAACACCCCAAGAUCUCGCUCUCAAAGACGCCGUGAAAGGGGUAAAUAUGUUUAAGAAGGUCAACGUACCUCUUCUGGGACUUGUCUCAAACAUGUCUGGCUUCAUAUGCCCGACAUGCAGUUCGACCCACGAUAUCUUUGGUCCUUCGUCUCUUAUCUCAAAGAGGUGUAUUGAGCACGAACUGGAGCUUCUAGGUGAGAUUCCCUUGCACCCUUCGAUUUGCGAAGAUGCAGAUAAAGGUAGGCCUACCAUGGUGGCGGAACCUGAGAGUCCUCGUGGGCAGGCGUUUCAAGGCAUUGCGACGAAGGUUGCCAAUGCUUUGAGUCUUUCGUCUGUGUAAUGGCCGUGCAUAGACACAUGUCAGAAAGUGACGGUGAAGGCAAGAACGUCGGAGUCAAUCGACGGCUGUAUUCACGGGUAGAAUAUUAAUGUUGCCUCGCAGCGUGUUCCUGCG